CGUUAUGUUGAGCCUGCUUGGCUGGAAAGACAUCCUGAGGCCCAUCAGAGAUGGUUAUCGCCAUGUGUUUCCCUCACCGGACACGGGUCCGACCCCGGGGGAAAGGCAGAAACAACGUGAACUUGACCGGCUGAAAGGUUUCACUUAUUUCGAUACUUUUCAACAGCUUGAGGACUGGGCAGAGGCCGAAUCAGAUGCCUUACAAAGAGCCAACACCCCGCUCCUGCCGCGCGCUCCGCUGGCCCAGCAGGACAGAAAGAAGAAGAAAGCGAGGGUCCUUCUAUGCCAUGACUACUCGGGGAAUUACCAUGACUACGAGGCUGUUCAAGGCAAAGGGGUUGACGAGGAGAGCUACUCGUGCGAGUAUCUUCAGUUUGUUGAUACCUUCAUUUACUUUUCCCAUAAGCUUGCUUGUAUACCCCCUCCCUCGUGGACGAAUGCUCUCCACCGCAAUGGCGUUAAGGUCUUGGGCACCCUCCUUAUUGAGCCUCAGACCAAAGAGAUAGGGAGAUUGCUUACACGCGGUCCUGCUAUCGGGAGUCCUGGCGAGGACUUAAGUUUUCCAAUGGCGCAAAGGCUCGUUGACCUUGCAAGAUACUGUGGCUUUGACGGAUGGCUCAUCAAUAUCGAGAAGCCCUUUCCACGAGAUGUAUGGGACCCCAAACUUCUACAGGCAUUCCUCAAGUACCUGAGGGAUAAUCUGGGGCCAGAAAGGAGUGUCAACGCCUUAACAGAGCAGAAUCUUUCAUUCAGCGAGGCAUGUGGAAGUGUCCUGACCAACUACUCCUGGAAGGAAAGCAACGCCUACAACACUAGGUCACUUGUCCAAGAAAGGGACAUGUGUCUAGAUGACGUCUUCUUUGGAGUCGAUGUCUGGGCUCAAAACGCCACAAAACUAAGUCGCCCCAGGGUCACCUAUCCAGAGAAAGGCGGCGGCGGAACAAACACCGGAGUUGCCGUAGCGAAGCUGGCCGACAUAGGCCUUUCCGUGGGGAUAUUUGCCCCGGCCUGGUCUUUCGAACACUUCCCGGGAUACGGGAGGACAGUUGAAAGGGCGGUAUGGGACGGAUACGAUUUGUCGGAUGAUCUGGACUGUUCAUGCGGUGACCGGAGUGGCCGACAUCCUUCAAAUCGAGGUUCUCCUACCACUCGCUCGGCGGCGCAGUAUGCCGCUGGUUCGGAGAUGUUCUUCUACACUGACUUCUCUAGAGCCUUCGGUCGCCACGAGAAAUCUGAACAGAAUAGCGUACAUGAAGGAAAGGCCCUCCAUUCCCAGCUUGCCUCACAGUCAAUACUACCCUACGUAAGUAGGUCCAGUGUGACUGAUGACCAAAUUGGCAGUUCUGUCAACGUUCUUUCACAACGUCUCGAAGACUUACCUACUCACUCUCAACUUGUAGUAGAAGUGGGAAGCACAAUGCCUAUAGGCUGUGCAACCACUGGCGCGUACGAGCGCUGGCUGCCAAUUUUCAGACUCGAUAUGCCGGCGAAUGGAUUUCUGCAGGCCAGAAUUCGAUGCAAAUAUCUUCUAGGAGCCCGAGGUGCAUCUUUUUACGCUAGGUCUGCAAAAGACUUCGAGUUCCUUCCGCUCCAGGAAACUGAGGGCGUACAAUGGCUCGAGGCUCCUAUGAGUCUUGGUUCCGACAAUUCCGAGAGCAACCGGCUUGAAGAGAUCGGUUUUUAUCUUAAAGCCUCACCAUUUGGAGAGGACCCGGUGCGAGUUGUCGAAGUCAUGGAGAUAGUCAUCAUGCCUUGCUCUGACUUUGAGCUUCCUCGCUAUUGCAUUAUCAAUGCUAUUCGAGUCGAACAUCGUGGGGCCGGAGAGACCAGUCACUGGAGACUCUGCUGGGCCUGUGAUGGGGGAAUCCGGGCGAUAUCUUCUGGUCUGCCCUACAGUGAGAUCACUGGGCACUGCUCACAUUUCUUGGUUCACGUCUCUGGAUUAUUUGUAGGGAGGGCCUACGCUCCCGAGCUCAUUUUGUGUCCAGCUUUGGUGGACAGUUUCAUUGGCCAAGGCGCAGAGGUGAAGGUAGCGGCUGUUGGAUUUGACGGACGGCGACUCACAGAACGAGCGGUGAAACUUUGCAUUGAAUGA